AUGGGAGUGCAAGGAACUUUGGAAUACUUCUCCGACUUACUCAGCAGCACCAAGAAGAAGAAGAAGAAGCAAAUGCAAACUGUAGCUCUGAAAAUCAGAAUGGACUGUGAAGGAUGUGCACGGAAGGUUAAACAUGUUCUUUCUGAUGUUAAAGGAGCUAAAUCGGUGGAAGUGGACUUGAAGCAGCAGAAAGCAACGGUGACAGGGUAUGUUGAGGCAAAGAAAGUUCUUAAGGCUGCUCAAUCUACUAAGAAGAAGGUUGAACUUUGGCCAUACGUUCCCUACACUAUGGUGGCUAACCCUUAUGUUUCUCAGGCCUACGAUAAGAAGGCACCUCCUAAUAUGGUGAGGAAGGUGGCUGACACUGCCAACUUGUCAGAAACCACCGUGGACGACCGCUACAUACAAAUCUUCAGUGAUGAAAACCCAAAUGCCUGCUCUAUCAUGUAAUAAUUUUGCAGUCAAUAUUAACUAUAUAAUUAAAGGUUAUGCUUCCGUAAGUUUUUGUAAAUUUUGUGAUGGAUAAUUUUGGUACUCGCUUCGAUUUUUGUGAUUGAUUUUA